GACCGGUCUAUUUAUGUAAAUAUUCUUUAUUUACUAGUAAAUGGUACGAUAAAGGAGAUUGAAAACGUGCCUUAUCUUAUGCCACACAACUAUAUAUAAAAAAGUGCCAGGGUAUUUUGUUUACAUAUGUGUGUACUGCUUUACAUAAUGUAGUUUUUUAUGCUUAAAAGUUUGAAUUAAGGCAUAUUUAAGCUGAAGAUUCUGCUGUAGACGUACCUGGUUAAAUGCAGAUAGUAUAAAGUGACAUAGAAUGGACAGUGCACACCUAAGUACGGCUCGUAAGGUGCACAUUGGAAAUGUACUGGAUGUUCAUUUUCACCAACUCUCAGAACCUGUUCCUGUUAACAUUCUACCACAUGCUGAAAAUCUACAAAGCCAGUUAGUCGAACGUUCGAACCAAGUUAUUGGAGAGUCCAACAUGCCAAUACAACUUGAUUGUAAUAUAAUAGCAGUACGACUUGAGAUGACAGAUGUACGACAACCAAUAGAUGAUGAAUGGAAAAAAGAGAUGCAACGCAGAGACUAUCUAAGUUUAAAUUGUUCAAAAACAUCUUCAGUAACUAUAGACCAACUGUUCGACAGAGCGUUGGAAAAUGCGAAACGAAAUGUUAAAACUAGGUGUUCAACAGCAGCUGCGAAAGCUGAGUACACAAAAAGACAUGCUAACAUUGUUGGGGUGGUUGGACCUCCAGGUGUUGGAAAGACCACUCUUUCAAAGAUGAUGGUAAACCAAAUUCUCAAGCAUGAAUUUCUACCUGACACCGAAUAUCUGUUCUUCAUUAAAGUGAAAGACAUUAACUUUAAUACGAAGAUGACACCGCUAGAAUUUCUAACCACCAACAGCAGGAUUAAAGUAAAUUACACUGAAGAGGAAAGCAAGGCUUUGAUUGCAUUACUGUACAACAAUCCAAAUGUUAUCAUCUUUUUUGAUGGAUUGGAUGAAGCUUCAUCGAAUGAGUUCGCCAUGAUCUCCCACGUGUGUAAACUUGAUGGGGAAGAGCUCCCUAUCGACAUCAUGAAGAAUUUGUUCAACUCUACACUGCUACCCAACGCUAAAAUAGUUGUUACAUCAAAGUCGGGCCAAAUGUACAAGCUGCACCCCGAUUAUCGACCUACUUCUAUUUUUGAAGUUCUUGGACUCCUGGAAGAAGCAAAGAAUAUUCUUGGAACGCAGCUUUGUGGAGAGAAGUACCCAGCCAUCAAAAAAAUAUUGGACCAACAACCACACCUUGCUCAACUGUGUUAUCUUCCAAUUAAUUUUAUUCUAAUCGUUUCUUGUUUGCUCUCAAACGAAGGCAGUGAUAUUAAAACAAUGACUCAAGUUUUAAUCUUAUUCUUGACCAGAUUUGUAGAGUCAUCCCAUUUGAAAGGAAGGGUUACCCCGAACAAAGUUGGAGCUGAAAUGGUUAAACUUGCUCGCCUUGCAUAUAAGGGUCUUCGACAAAGGAAACUUGUUUUUGAGAAAAGUGACUUUGAUGACGUGGAACUGGCUGAUGAAAUGGUUACAAACUUUUUUCACACUUAUGUCGGUAAAUCGUCUGGAUUACAAAUGAAAAUCCUUGAAGGGAAUAUACGAAGUUACUUCACUCACCGCACCUGGCAAGAAUUUUACGCAGCUGUAUAUUUAAUGCUGUUUAUUUCGUAUCAGGAGUUAAAACUAUUCAAGUUUAUAUUUAAAGAUACGCAGUGGAAACAAGUGGUGCGAUUUAUGUAUGGACUUUGUAAUCCUCAUUCAUAUAAACAAUUAAAACUUAUUUUCCCUGCUAAAAUGGUUAAAGAUUACGAAGAGAAGAAGAAGUUCAUGCAGUCAAUGAUGACGGAAUCAUUUGACCCGAUCUGGGGUGACGACUUAGUCCGACGGUUUGGCUGGCUUCAUGAAUACAAUGACGACGAAACUUCUAGGAAAUUUGAAGAUGUUCUUUCCGUGAGGCUUGAAAUAGAUGCAGCAGGGCAUCUUUCAGUGGCUGCAGACAUAGUUUAUGCAUUGAGAUCAUUUACAAAACCACAUAAACUACAAUUGUAUUCAUUUCUUAAAAUUUCAAACAAAAUGAUUGGAUCUGUUGAAUCUUUGCUUCGUGGAAUACAUGGAACCACUACUACGGUUGGUACAGUAAGUGUAGGAUCUUUAAUAAAGUUUAUUUUUUCGUGUUACGAAAUCUUUAACUUUUUGUUUCUGUUAGGAAAACUUUAA